AUGAAUAAUGAUAGUUCCAUCAGUAAUUACACUUGUUUUUAUGGCAAAAGAUAUGAUGCAUGUGAAGAUAUGUAUGAUGGGAUUGAAGACUCCUGUGUAAAUUCUAAGAACGCCCUGAAACAUAUGUUCGACCUGAAAAUAACUAUUGCGACUGGCAGUGUUAAUAGAUCUGGACGAACUAAUAAACUACAGAAAAGGAGACACGUGAGGAGAAUUUGUAAUUAUAACGCAUAUUUAUUUGUUGCUAAAUUAUUCGGCAUUUGGUAA